AUGGUCACAAAAUACCUUGAGGAUAUUUCGUCAGCUACGUAUCACUACAAUGGUGGUGAAAUAUUAGCAGAAAAAUCAAAUCAAAAUAUUUGUUUUCAAGUUGUUAACACAUGUUUACAGCAUUUAGUUGAUGAUGAUAAUGAUAAACGAUUUAGUGAAAUAUUUUGCCAUUAUAAGUAUAGACGAGCAUUUUUUAUUAUACAAGGAUUAGCUUGGCAAUUAUUGUACAAAUUAGAAGAAUUAGAAUCGAUUGAAUGUGAUUAUUUGGUUAAUCUUGCAAAUUUAAAUAUUAAAAUUAUUCAUAAUAAAUAUAUUAUCAACAAAAACUUAUUCUAUAAAAUGUUUUUUGCAGUGAAGUACAAUUCAUCAAACGAACAUGUGUUGGAAUGUCUUCUACGUCAUAUUAAAAAUAUUAAUAACAUUAAAAAUCCGUUAUUUGUAAAAAUAAUUUGUUUAUGGUUGGAUACAUUCAGUCAUUAUGAACUUGAAACCAGUGAGAUUGUGAGUACCCAGCAUGUUCUAUUACUUCAUGGUCGACCAGAUGAAGAGAAAUUGUUGCAAGAUAUUUUUAAUUAUAUUAUUACACAAAUUGAUUGUCUGCUUUUUAACUCUCUCCAGCGUGAUGUUGCCAUUUGGCAACGCUUUUUGCUGUGUUAUACAUCACCGCCGUACUAUUGUGGAUCUUUUCUGUUCUAUUUGGCAGCUAUCGGACGCUCCUUUAAUCAAGAACUCUUAUCUAAAUGUCGUCAAUUCACCAUCACUCACACAAAAGACAUUAAUAAAUGGUCAUCAUCAUCAGACAUGUUACAUUCUAUUAUGGGAACUGUGUUCAUAGUAACGACCAGUAUUAUAGGCGAGUAUGAUGAAAGAUUUUAUUUGUCACUAUUAAAAAUCAUGAACUAUAAAAAAUUUCAACAACAAUUAUGUUCAACAUGGAAAAAUGACGAAACAAUUUUAAUUAGUGAAAUUAUCAGAUAUUUUGCCGAUAAUCUAAACAUGCGGGAGUAUGAUGAUUCUAGGUCCAUACUGCGCACAGUUUCACACAAAUUUAAUUGUCUGUUUGACAAAACAAUGCAGCAUGAAAUAACAAAAAUUAAUCUAUGCUAUAUAAUUCUAGAGACAGCAAACAAAAAAUCUGUUAUAGUUGAUCAAAUGAUUAUAAGAUGUUUUGAAUACAUUGAAAAUAUGAAAAUGAUCAUUAAAGAUGAAGAAACAGUACACAAAAAAAUAGAGAGAUUAUUAAAAGGAUUAGAAACUGCAUUUCAAUAUCAGUAUGACAUUAACGAUCUGGUGGGGAUAUUAAAGAAAGUUGAUCUAUUAGCCGAUUCAAUUAAUAAGCAUCCGUGUUCCACUGACAAUUUUCUAUCAAAAUCAUCUCCUGAUUCGAUACAUGCUGUACAGCAAUUAAAAGAAAGGUUAACAUUUAGGCAUCACAUGCAAAGCUCAGUUGCAAAUGGAAUUUGGGUCUACAGCGCAUAUAGACAACGGUAUCCUCGCAAUAUGAAUCAAAUACAAAUUGUACCAGUUGUAAUCCAAAAUAAUAGUGAGGAGGAAUAUCGUCCCAAUAAUCCGUUUCUGAAAUUCAUCGUUGAACGUUCAUCAUCAAAUCUAAUAAACCUAAAUGAACAAUUAGCGGAGUCGAUAGUAACUGAACUCGAACGCCUUCGUUGUCAAAAGCAAAGUUCAUUAAAUACUCUAACGUUCAGUUCGUUAAACCAACAGACAAUUUCUAAGACAAUGAAUGUGGUUACUCUCAGUCUAUCUGAUGAUCGUCUUACUGGCAAUGAUCUUCACAUAGAAUGGACAUUGGUACCUCGAGAACCAUUCAAAAAACAAAAUGCGAUUCGAAAUAAAUUAAACGAAUUUUUAAAACUAUUGCAAACUAGUCCUAAUAGUAGUACUGGAGAACGUAGUUUCGACUUAAUUGUUUCAGACUUUUAUUCGUAUUUCAGUACAUUACCAUUAACGAAUCAUGAACAAGAAAUAGUGAAACAAUAUUUGGACAAACUAUUAGUAUCCGACUGGAUGUCCAUGAAUCCAACAUAUAUUGUAAAAGCUUACACGACUACGACCAGCUUUUAUAAAUAUAUUAAUCAACAUCUAGCAAUGUAUGGCCUUGAUUACCUUGAUCCAUUGGCAGUUGAUGUAAAUGUGGAUUAUAGAAUGGUUAGAUGUCUACUGGAUAUUGUAGCUAUACUUAUGCAUCAUGAUAAAAUGAGACACUUUGAAUUUUGUGGUACAACGUAUCGUGGUAUGCUAAUUACUGAAGAAGACUCGUACAAGUACGUAGUUGGUUCAAAAAUAAUGAAUAAAUCAUUUCUGUCCACAACAAAACUACGAGAAGUUGCCAUUGUAUUUGGUGGUGGCGAUGGACAAGAGCAGUUUCUGGGAAAAACAUCAGAUAACAGACCGAAACAAGCUACAGCAUUGUGCACAUAUACUAUUAGAAACACGGGAACAGCAUUGGACAUCGAAACUCUAUCUGAAGCCACAUACGAUGAAGAAGAAGUACUGAUUCUUCCAUUUUCAGCAUUUAAAGUUACAAGUUUGACUCGAUCAUCAAGUCACUUCAUUGAAAUUAAAUUAGAAGAAUGUACAAAUGACAAAAUUGAGGAGGAGGAGGAUGUUUUGGAAACUCAUUUCUGA